UAGACCGGAGGGGACUCGUGCCUACCGGAGCUGCCCAGACGUCAACGCGUGCUCACCGGAGGAAAGGAGGAGAAUGGUCAUCAUAUCGCCACCCGUCUGCUGACCACGGAGCUGCUGAUAACCCGGUAAUGAAUGAGGGAAUUGGGGGGAGUGGGAAUCCGCCUCGCUCACGACGACGACUCCACUGGUUUCUACCGGGGAUUCUACGGAGGAGGACACACCGUGGGCUUGAGAUCAACCCGGCCGUGACCGACCCGUUAUCUGCCGGGCUGACGCUGUGCUCAUCGCCGGCGAUAUUUGAGACGGUGUGGACAGGAAGGAUCUGUGUGUUUGUGACCUGCCAUUGUGAGCAAACAUGUUCCGAAACAGCCUGAAGAUGUUGCUGGGAGGCAAAACCCGCAAGAACAACACCGGUGGCGGCAGUGGCAUAGAGUCGGAGGGGUCAGAGGUCAGGAUGAUGGAGGGAUUCAGUCGCUCGCUCCCCUCUUCUCCACUCCUCAACCUUCGCCUGGUAAAAAGAGCUGGUGAGGAGGAGGAGUUAGGACCCCCACCUUCAGUAGACGAGGCGGCCGACGCUCUGAUGACCCGACUGGGCUUCCUGCUGGGGGAAAAAAUAAUCAGUGGAGAGCCGGGGUCCUCCUACCAUGCCCAGGAUGAUGGACAGAGGAUCUCUCCUUCCUCCAGUCUGGCAAGUAGUAGCACCUCCCCUUGCGCCACACUGCAGCCUCCUGCUGGAGAGGAGGGCACCAACAACGACAAUCACGCUUCCCCCAACCACGCCUCCGUCACCUCCCCAUCCUCAACACUGGAGAGCAGAGACAGCGGCAUCAUAGCCACGUUGACCAGCUAUUCCACUGAGUCGGCGGCAGACCGGGACGACGGCGGGAAGUAUCCCGUCGACGGUUACCGCGGCAGCAGCCUGAAUCUAUGGCAGCAAGGGGGCCAGCAGGUGGUGGCCUCCAACUUAUCUUCCUGUAUGGUGGCAGGAGGGGGCGUGAAUGACGGCUUCCUGUACAGGGUGGAGGACAUCAUGGCCGCCUCCACUUACAGCCUCAACAAACUCCACCCUGACCGAGGCCCUGGCUCCGCCCGCUCGUCAGGCUCCACCCACUCCAUCCCUCUCUACCUCAUGCCCCGUCCUAAUUCAGUCGCUGCCACUAGUUCUGCCCACCUUGAAGAUCUAGCCUAUCUGGAUGAGCAGCAGAGACACAUCCCUUCAAGGACGUCCCUCAGAAUGCCCCGGCAGAAUUCUGGGAAUCGUAGUCAGCAGGACCACAGAGGUAAACACAUGCAAAACAAACACAUAAACACAACACACCAUACUAUUUUAACAAACGGUAUUACAAUUCUCCACCUCCCCUCUUCUCCCGCAGUUCGUUUCACUCCCUCCCUCAACCUGAAGCCCCUCCACUUUGAGGUUCCGAGUCUCUCGUCUGAUUGGCUGUUCACCGGAAGGGAGUGGCUCUUCCAGGAAGUGGACGCUUGUCUCCGCAGUGCUGACCCGGCAACCAGUCGUGGCGUGGUGAUUGUCGGCAACAUGGGCUUCGGCAAAACAGCUAUCGUUGCCCGUCUGGUGGCGCUCAGUUGUCACGGAAACCGCCUGUCGCCAACUGCCACCAGCAACCAGACCGUGGCUAAACAUGCAGAGGCCGUUUCUUUCUCCCAAGACUCCCUGGGAAGAGGACGAGGGGGAGACGAAGGAGGGGGAGGAAGCUGUCCGGGGACUCCAGAGAUGAGGAGGAGACAAGAGGAGGUUCUGAGGAGGCUUGCAGCACAGGUCGUCGCAUAUCAUUUCUGUCAAGCUGAUAACUGUGACACCUGCCUGGUCCCUGAGUUUGUCCACAACAUGGCGGCGAUGCUAAGUGACGCCCCCCAUCUGUCGGCCUAUCGGGAGCUGCUGCACCAGACGCCACAGCUACAGAGCACACUCAGUCUGCGCUCCUGCGUCCAGGAUCCGAGCUCCGCCCUCCAGAGAGGAAUACUAGAACCUCUGGACGCUCUCUACAGAGAGAGGAAGUUGCAUGUGGACGGGGCAGGGCUUAUUAUUCUGAUUGAUGGGCUGAACGAGGCAGAGUUCCACCGGCCGGACUACGGCGACACACUCACUUCCUUCCUCUCUCGUAACGUCCAGAAAUUUCCUUCCUGGUUGAAGGUCAUUACCACUGUCAGGACCGGCCAGCACGACAUUGCUCGUUCUUUACCUUUUCAUCGCAUCUCUCUAGACGGGAUGGAAGAGAACAACGCCAUAGACCAGGACCUGCAGGGUUACCUGAUGCAGCGUAUCCACAGCAGUCCGGAGAUCCAAAGCAACGUCUCGCUGAGCAACGGUCGCCUCGACAACACUGCGCUGGCCAAGCUGAUCGGCCACCUGAAGAGCCUGAGCAGAGGCUCGUACCUGUACCUGAAACUGACCCUGGAUCUGAUAGAGGGAGGGUACCUGGUCCUGAAGAGUUCCAGCUUCAAGGUGGUCCCUGUGAGUCUAGCAGAAGUCUACCUACUGCAGCUCAACAUGCGGUUUCCCACCCAGUCGUCCUUUCAGAGAGUUCUGCCGCUGCUCAACGUUACCGUGGCAUCGCUGCACCCACUGACCGACCAACAGCUGUUCGAGGUGGUGAACGCGGGCGCUCUGACCGGAGGGACACUGCACUGGGGGGAGUUUGCGCACCGCCUGGAGCAGCUCUCCUCCUUCCUGCUGCGGCGGAGCGACGGCAGCAGGAUGCUCAACCACGCCUCCUUCAGGGAGUGGCUGACGUGGAGGGAGGAGGGUCAGGACGACAGGUUCCUCUGCGACCCGAGGAGCGGUCACACUCUGCUGGCCUUCUGGCUCUGCAGGCAGGAAGGGAAGUUGAACCGACAGGAGACGCUGGAGCUGGGACAUCACAUCCUGAAGGCUCACAUCUACAAAGGAUUGAGUAAGAAGCUUGGGGUUUCCUCUUCAGUUCUGCAGGGGCUCUGGCUGUCCUACAGCACGGAGAGCCUGAGCCCUGCUUUAUCGUCGCUGCGCAACCUGUACACCCCCAACAUCAAGGUGAGCAGGUUGCUGAUUAUGGGCGGAGCUGAUGUUGAUUUCUGUAGUGAUGUCCUCAACAACGCCCCCCUGCUGUGUGUCCACGCUCACCUGGGCCACAGUGAUGCUGUGGCACUGCUGCUCGACCUUGGAGCUCAGGUGGAUGCUAAGUCACAGGACGGGUUGACCGCUCUUGGAUUUGCCGCUGCAGCUGGACAUCUGGACAUCGUCAACAUGCUGAGUCAGCAUGCAGCUAAGGCGGGCCACGUGGACAGCUCGGGCCGGUGCGUGUUGGUGCACGCGGCUCAGCUGGGCCGCCUCGAGGUGCUGUGCCUCCUGCUGAGGCGCGCGGACUGGAGCUGCACUUCAUGCUGCGGCCAGAGGGGGGCGAGCCGAUGCCAGGCGGUGCAGCAGGCUCUGAUCGCGGCGGCCAGCGCAGGCCACGCCGAGAUUGUGUCGUACCUCUUGGAUCUUCCGGAGGAAGACGAGGAAGAGGAGGAGAGACCUGAGAUCAACACACCGGACAGUCUGUGGGGAGAGACAGCUCUGACGGCAGCAGCAGGAAGUGGCAGGCUGGCUGUCUGCCGGCUGUUGUUGGAUCAGGGGGCUGCCGUUGAGCAAAGCAACAGGCGGGGUGUGGCUCCCCUUUUCAGUGCUGUGAGACGUGGCAACUUGCAGGUGGUGGAGCUCUUAUUGAAUCACGGGGGGGAGGUUAACAUGGUGGACCAACAGGGUCGAACAGCCCUGAUGACGGCAGCCUCGGAGGGACAUUUGACCACAGCCCAGCUGCUACUGGAUCAUGGAGCCUCUCUCGACCAGACUGACAAGGAAGGCUUAACGCCGCUGAGCUGGGCGUGUCUGAAAGGCCAGCUCCCAUUAGUCAGGGAGCUGGUAGAGCGAGGUGCAGACACAAGCCACGUCGACCGCAGCGGACGGACACCUCUGGACCUGGCUGCGUUCCGCGGUGACCCAGAAGUGGUGCAGCACCUGGUGGAUCACGGGGCGUCGGUUGAGCAUGUUGAUUGCAGCGGGAUGCGUCCUCUUGACCGGGCAGUCGGCUGCAGAAACACUUCCGCUGUCAUCGCUCUGCUCAAAAAGGGAGCCAAGAUAGGACCAGCGACCUGGGCCAUGGCGACCUCUAAACCAGACAUCUUAAUGGUUCUGCUCAGUAAACUGAUCCAAGAGGGAGACCGACUGUACAAGCAAGGUAAAGUGAGAGAAGCUGCUCACUCCUAUCAGUCAGCCCUCCAGAAGUUUCCCGGGGACGAGCUGAAGACGUCCAGACAGCUGAGAGUGUGCGUGCUGCUCAACAUGUCUCGCUGCCACCGCAAGAUGAACGAUUUUGGCCUGGCGGAGGAGUUUGCCACCAAGGCACUCGAGCUGAAAGCUAAAUCCUACGAAGCCUUUUAUGCCCGAGCUCGCGCCAAACGUGGACGCAGACAGUUCCACGCAGCCCUGGAGGACCUGAUUGAGGCCAGCCGCCUGUGCCCAUCCAACCGGGAAAUCCAGCGCCUGCUGUCCCGGGUCAAGGAAGAGUGUCGGCAGGUUGCACAACAACAGGACUCUCCCCCUCCCUCGUUACAUCCUGUUUAUCAACAAAAUGCGGCCAUGACCAUCAACGAGGCCAGGUGCAGAGACUCAGGUUGCCUGCAGGUGCAGGACAGGGAGGGGCUUACUGAGGAAGAGGAGGAAGAAGAAGAAGAGGGGAUACAUAGGGAAGGAGAUGCUCCUCCUCUCUCCUCCUCCUUCCACCCUACACCUGUGGCUCAAAGUCUCAACACCCACUGCCGCCCUGGCGUGCCAUCCCCAUCCUCCCUCUCCCCCAGUCACCAGUAUCAUCACCUACCGAGCCCUGCGCAUUCCCCCUCCUCCUCAUCCCCCUGUCACCCUGCGCCCCCUCCUCAGUCCGCCUCCUUCCACCAUUUCAGCCUGCCACAGCGACCCAGCCAAAUGUCGGAAAGUAUGCCUGCCUUGUCAGGAAAUGGAGGCCUGCACUACCAUCCCCAGUCUGUCUCGGCAUACCACCACUCAGAACAGAUCCAGGGGAUGCAGCAGCAACAACACCUGUCCAAUCAGAGAUCCUUCCAAAAGCAGAACCCUGUUCAAGGCCAGUGGCUCCAAGCAGCCAAUGCCCAGGUUGUCCGAACCAGUCAGCCCAGUUCCUCGGCCCAAUCCAACAUGAUUUUGGGAAGUUCUGCUUACUCACAGUUUGGCCAACUGCCACAAGAAUUGGCCGAGCUGGGGGAAGGCAUUUGCCCGAGCCCCUUGGAUAUCAGGCCUAGCCUGCAGGUCCAGGCUGGUCUGAGCUCUGGAUCGUAUCCUCUUGAUGAUAUAGACGUUGACUUUGUUUGCCAGGCAAGACUUGCAUCUGCCUAUGGGAGAGAAGGGGGAGGGGAGAGGGCAGGGAUUAAUAAUCGAUUUGGCCAGGCCCGUCACUUCAGCCGCAACCAAUCCAAAGCAGCCUACUACCCCAAGGAAGUUACCGAGGUGACAAUGAGGCCUCCCGAUAGCCUUCCACCAUUGCACGAUUACCAAUAUCAACAUCAGGGGGGACUACGACACCUGCUCGGUGCCCACCCAACCUCCUCUCCCGUUCUUCCCCCAAGGCCUCUUGUCCACUCCCAGAGUAUCAACGUCCGUUUCUCCACCAGCAGCGGUAGCCUUGCAGGUGGGCAGCCCGCAAAUCACGGCCCAAGCUUCAGGACGUCAGCCUCCGCCCAGCACAUGGAAGCACCUUCAGAUCUGGCCUCUGCGGGAGGGGUUACUGGCUACCAUGACGACCUCUUUCUGAUCUCCUCUCCCCAGUCAGAAACAUACAUGGCCGGAGGUGGGACUUAUCCCGGAGAGGCAGGCCGGUCAUCGAGGAACACUCCUUUUAUGGGCGUUAGCGACAGGACCGCAAGGGCCCACCAGCAGUAUCAACAACAAGCUCCCUCCAGCUCCGCGUCCUGCCUCAGCCCUUCUCGCUCCUGGGCGGUGUCUUCAGUGGACACGGUCGUCACUUCGCCCAGCAGAACCCCGACCAAUCGAGGAGGCUUCGGUCAACCCCAGCCAUCCUCCAUCGCCUACCACAACCGCAGCAACAACAACGCCCACAACAACAACCAGCCGGACUACUACCCUCAGGGUGAAGGUUCAGGGCAAGUUGCCAGUCAGAAUCCCUCGUACCUGGAUGUGAAGCUGGCCAGAACACUGCCGGUGAUCCAUAGCUGCUCGGACAGACCAAGUGACAGAAAGACAGGACCUACCUCUCCUGUCAAACCAAAAAGACCCUUCGUAGAGUCCAAUGUAUAGAGUAAGGUUUAAAUGUUAAGUAAAGGCAAGGGAGGAGGGUUAAUAAAAAGUGGUUAAAAAUAAUUGAGUGCACUCAUAUAUUCCAGUAGUCACUGGGGCUAUUGACAUUGAAAUGAACAAGUUUGUACGACAUGCAGUUCCUAUGAAGUUCAGACGGGUAAGGCGCAAUAAAUAGCACACACUCCUUAAAGGUAUUCCCGGUGUAUUGUUUGCACUCGGUUGAAUGCACUGAAAAAAAGAGAGUUUGAAAGAGAAGUUCAAAUCUGCCGUACGUUUUCACUUCCGCUAACCUGGCCCAUGGCCGCAAUAUGUGUCGGUACUUGACUCAUUUAUUGUUGAGAAGAUAGGGGUAAGCAGAAGUUAAACAAACACGUUUGAUAAGGAACAUAUCGCUUGUUGCAGGUCGGGUCAAUUAACGAGCCAGAGGCACAGGAAAUUAGCAAGUAUGAAGGGAGUGAGGGAAGACAGUGUGCUUUUGCCAUUACAAAGCACAAUGAGGGAAGAGGGAAAUUUGGGGGCAAUAAGAAGUAAACACAAAAAAUACAUCAGUAAGCACAAAAAAAAAAAAUCCUUCUUUCCCUCCCUGUACAUCUCUGUCUUACAGUACAUUUCAAAACUGAAGUCUGUGAAUGCCCACAAUGCACUGCUCUAGAGGUUCAGAAACUCGACCCUAGACGGUGACAUUUAGUCAGACAAGAGAGACACAAAACCACCACUAUCACCUUUUGACUUCUGCGUACGCCUUAAAGGAAGGUUUUUAUUUCAAGUUUGAAGCGUAAACAUGAAACAACUAAAAAUCUGGACGCAGUCACUGCAGGGUCCAGGCUUUAAAACCUGUGGCACUAAGGUUCUGGUCAUUGACCCGGUCCCAAGCCAUAGUUUAAGAAACUAAAUGCUGUCAUUGAAUAAGCACUGGCUUGCUGUAUAUAUAAAAAAAAUUGAGUGAUAUUUAUCUUUCUUAAGUUAUAUCUGUAUUAAACUGUACAAAUAUUGUUUCUCUUAAAACUGUAUAUUCCUUUUGGAUUUUAUAUGUUUAUGUUGAGGGUUUUCUUACAGAACAUAGAAAUGUAAACCCUCCUUUCAAAGAGCUAAGAAAAAAAGCAGUUCAGCUUGGCUCAGUUUUGGGUGAACAUCUAUGCCAGUGAACAUCCUGUAAAAAAUGUAUUUUAAGGUUUUGAAUUGUUUUGCUCCAGUUAUUUUUGUUUUUUUCUAUGAAGGCCUUUUGUAUUAUGUAGUCAUAAAAGUCCUAAUUUAUGCAAACCACAAGGAUCCCAACUGAUGCAACACUCGUUGCCAUGGAAACAUGGCAAUGGGCUCCUACUGUCUUUAACUCAAUAAAGGCCCACUGACGUUUGGUUGAACCCCUCCCCCCCAAAAAAAACCUGUCAUUGUCAAAUCAGAGCUUAGCAACCGUUUCUAGGCAGAGCACAGCCUGACAUGCCCUGAAGUUUUGCUGGAGAUGAAGUUGCAGCAAAACUACAGUUUGUGCCAUUGUGCUGGAUAUGAAGCAAAAUCGAUACUUGACAUUUAAAGAGUUUGGAGGGUAGGGUCUUUUUUUCUGGCCUUUUCAAAACCAGAAACUUCUGCAGUAGUAAUCAAGUGUUACAUCCUAGUCCAAAGGGAAUUUUUUCCAACUAACUACAUUAGCUUGUGGAGUUAAAACUAAACCAAAUGCCUUGUUUUUUAGCACCAUAUCAUGUACGCAGACAUUAAGUGCAUAUUUACAAUCGCUUUUACAAGAUUUUUGUUUUAAAGCGAUUUCGCUGGUAAAAGUCAGACGGAGUUGGCGUCAUGUAGCUAAUGUUAGCUUGAUUGAGACCCUUUCAGACACAAUGCCACAACAACACCUCUUCCAAUAGCUUGCGUCGCUCCAUGACGCCUUUUCACUGCAUUGAGCAAAAUUAGGCUUUACUUUGUGACACGGGAUACUCACGCUACCAAUAAAGGCACUUGUGUGUGCCUGAAUUCCUUUUACUAUUCAACAAGUUUGAGCUUGUAUUGAGAUCUCUGGAGGGAAAGCCCCAUCUUGGAAACAAAUUUCGCAUUUCAGGCGUGCUAGCAGGGCUAGUGCUAGCGCAUGUUUUCUUAGCGUGGAACAAAUGCAUUAUCAUUGCUGGUGAAAAAAUGUUUACCAAAAAGUAAAAAAAAUAAAAAAUAUAUAUAUAUUUAUAUUUUGCUCCAUCCUCUGCGACUUCCCCGAAUACGUGGUCAGAUAUGCGUUGACCCUCAGUGGGAAGCGCAGCGCAAAUCCUGUUGUGUCUGAAAGGGCCUUUAACUAGCUGCAGCUAACGCAAGUUCUCAUUUCAGAUGACAAAAGCAACGGUUGUCGGUUAGAAAUAAGAAACCUGCCUUCAUAUACCUCUGUCUGCAAUCAAGGACCAAUUCAUUUAAAUAUUACAAACAUAUUCAAGUGGUCAAUAUGUGUGAGAAUGGUAAGAUGACGGUCUUAGCGACAGUCAGUUACAAGGGUAGGGGGUUAACUCACAGUUAACGGGGGCAGUUUUCAAAAGGGAUUAGACAAAGACGGAAAUUCAGAAAGUGGGACUAAGCUUCCUUUUUUUGUAAAUGUAUUUUAUGCACACGAAUGCCUGUUUUUUUGUACAUUUUCUUUUUACGUUGCUAAGAAUCAGCAGCUUGGUUUCAGAGUUGCUGAUGAAGACCACGACCUCUGGCAGUCUCUGUGACCGCUGCGUUUGUUUCUCACUGCUCAGGGGUUUCCUGCUCUGAGAAGAUGUGGCAACUCUUAAUUACUCGAGCCAUUUUCAUAGUCAGGACUGCUGGGUGUGGCAUCUAAUUCUGGCCAGUAAGAGAGACGAGAUUGGAGACGGCUUGUCAUAGUUCAUCAGUGUGGCUUUAAACCCUUGAUUCGCCCGAUGACAGCUGUUUAGUCUGUCAAUAAAACAAUGUGUUGUGCUGUACAUGUAGAAUGUAACCCUCAACCUGCUUACGGGAGCCGAGCCCCAAGUUUAAAAUGCCACAGGUAAUCGAGCGGUAAUCAAGCUUUACAGUGGGGACAGUGUGUGUUCCCUUUUAGUUGGUUUACUGUGGGAUUUUUUUUUCACUGAGUGUAAAGUAAGUUCAUAUUUAAAACCCAGGACGGUUACAACUAUGAGGAAAAACAUCAUUUGUAUAACAUUUAAAGUAACAGGAAUGUGUCAGCUUGUGAACAUUACAAAGAGGAAUAAAACUGAAUGAAAAACAACAUGU